AUGAACUCUGUGUUACUGAUUUUAUUUUUGGGGCUAACAAUCGUUUAUUCGGUUAUCAACCUUUUCGGAAAUGAUUUUACAACGAUUUUGCAACACUCAAAACCGAUAAAAGCUGAUCGGAUCUUGGAAAGCAAAGAUAAUGAAUCAACAAUAUCCUCAGAACCUUUGCCUUCAAAUGAUGAGAUUUUUGUCUCAUUUGGUGGAAAUGCGGACCCAUAUUUUAUCGAUGCGCUUCCAAUAGUUGCUAUGGCGUGGAUUCAACUUGGAGUUAGACCGCUGGUCUGCUUGGUUGGAUCGAAAGAAGACUACCAAAGCAACGAAUUGAAGCCUAUAAUCGAAUAUCUAGAGAAACUCAAUGUCACAGUGACAUAUUUGCCUGGGAAUUACACUUUGAAAACAGCAUCUCUAUCACAACAUUGCCGUCUUUAUGCAGCUACCUCAAACUUGGUGUCCUUGGACUCGGUGGUGAUCGUUUCCGACAUUGACUAUAUUCCUUUCCAUUUGAAUGAGCAUUGGGUGGAAGAUGUUGAUCUCUUCAUCUACAAUUCGUUGUGUUGUGGAGAAACGGAGAUGUUCGAGCACAAGUUUCCACAUUAUCCAAUCUCGACAAUUGCUUUGAGGAAGCGAGGCUGGCUAGAGCUUUUGGAGCUAUCUCAUGCCACUUACGAAAACGGGACUUCAAUAGAAGGAGAUCUCUUGGCUUUUUUCGAUAAGGAUAUGCUCGAUGAACAUUACUUUCGCCUGCAACUCUUCAGAGAGUUGCAAGGACAUCCAUUUUGGUAUUCCGAUCAAAAGUUAACUUCAUUUCGGAUCUUUGAUUGGAAAAGGAGAACAAAAAGGGUCAUCCGAACGGGAGAAUAUAAUGGAAACAAGGAGAGAAUCGAUCGAGAUAACUGGCCUAGUGAUCAGAUUUUGGAUACGAUCAAUCUCUACGAUUUCAACGAUGCCCAUCUCCUUCGACCAAUCUCUGCAAAUUGGUACCGCUUGCAAGCGUUCUUCAAGAAAUUAUUCAAGCCCGACCUCUAUCAAAUAGCUGAAUCGUAUGGGCUUAAAAUGAACGCUUUAUCGAGGACUUACAUUCGCAUGAGAGAACCAAGUCCAAUCGUC